AGGGGAGCGGCGGCGGCGGCGGAAAGUUGUCCCCCAGCCUCUGCUGGCCCAUCUGCGGCCGUGGAGGACCUGUCCAAAGUGUCGGACGAGGAGCUGCUGCAGUGGAGCAAGGAGGAGCUGAUCCGCAGCUUGCGGCGCGCCGAGGCCGAGAAGGUGAGCGCGAUGCUGGACCACAGCAACCUCAUCCGCGAGGUGAACCGCCGCCUGCAGCUGCACCUUGGCGAGAUCCGCGGGCUCAAGGAUAUCAACCAGAAACUGCAGGAGGACAACCAGGAACUGCGGGACCUCUGCUGCUUCCUGGAUGACGACCGGCAGAAAGGCAAGAGGGUGUCCCGGGAGUGGCAGAGACUGGGCCGCUUCACAGCCGGGGUGAUGCACAAGGAAGUGGCCUUAUACCUGCAGAAGCUGAAGGAGCUGGAGGUGAAGCAGGAGGAGGUGGUGAAGGAGAACAUGGAGCUCAAGGAGCUCUGCGUGCUGCUGGAUGAGGAGAAGGGCGCGGGCUGCGCGGGCAGCCGCUGCUCCAUCGACAGCCAGGCCAGCCUGUGCCAGCUCACCGCCUCCACCGCACCCUACGUGCGGGACGUGGGCGACGGCAGCAGCACCUCCAGCGCGGGCAGCACCGACAGCCCCGACCACCACAAGCAGCACGCGAGCGGCGGCAGCCCCGAGCACCUGCAGAAGCCGCGGGCGGAGGGCAGCCCCGAGCACACCAAGCACAGGAGCACCAGCCCGGAGCACCUACAGAAACCCAGAGCCCCCGGGACCCCGGAUCACCCCAAAGCACUCAAAGGACCCAGCCCCGAGCACCACAAACCCCUGUGCAAGGGCAGCCCUGAACAGCAGAGGCACCCGCACCCCGGCAGCAGCCCGGAGACGCUGCCCAAACACGUGCUGAGCGGGAGCCCGGAACACUUCCAGAAGCACAGAGCCAGGGGCAGCCCCGAGCACGCCAGGCACAGCGGGGGGAGCCCGGAGCACCUGCAGAAACACGCCCUCGGUGGCAGCCUGGAGCACCUCCCCAGGGCCAGGGGCACCAGCCCGGAGCACCUCAAACAGCAUUACGAGGGGAGCCCUGACCACAAACAUGUGGGCGGCGGAGGCGGCGGCGGAGGCAGCAGGGAGGGCACCCUCCGAAGACAGGCGCAAGAGGAAGUGUCGCCCCAUCACCGGAAUGUCUACAGUGGCAUGAACGAAUCAACCUUGUCCUAUGUUAGGCAGCUGGAGGCAAGAGUAAGACAGCUGGAGGAAGAGAAUCGCAUGCUGCCCCAGGCCACCCAGAAUAGAAGGCAACCUCCAACUAGAAACAGCUCAAAUAUGGAGAAAGGCUGGGGGCCCAGAGCCCGGCGGGUCUUGCAGUGGUGGCAAGGGUGCCAAGGAAUAGGACGCUGCCUGCCCACUCUCCCGGGUUCUUUUAGGUUGUCAUCAGGGGCUGAUGGGAAUAACAGUUCACCCAACUCUCCAGCUAGCUUCAGUGGACAUACCACACCUUCUCAGCAGCCUGAACCCGUGGUACAUUCUCUUAAGGUUGUGUGGAGGAAACUUGGAGAUGCUGCAGGUUCGUGUCCUGGGAUUAGGCAGCACUUGUCUGGCAACCAGUACAAAGGACCAAUGUGAGAAACUCUCUUUCAAACACGAGGUCGCCACUGCCAGGAAUAGGUAACAGGAAAGAAGAAGAAAAGAGUGGAUUUCCGCAAACCUGAACUUAUGGAGUGAUUGCACAUAUUUUCCCUCUAAAAACCUUUAGUAUAACUAAAGCUGUAUUUUAUGUCUCUCGCUUUGAUGUCUACAAUAGUCAAUUUCAAACAAGGUAGCUUUGAAAGUCACCAUUUUGGUACCAAUAUUUUCAUUAGAACUAAAACGUUUUUGACUCCUUAGCUUAUAAUUGGGAAAAACGCAUGAUUGGAAGGGUACAGUAGAGCCUUGGUGGUUGAUAGAGUUGACUCAUUACAUUUAAUGUGGGAGUUUCCUACCAUGUCGUAUUGAAAAUAAGAAGAGGUAGUAUCUUCCAGCUUCCCAAGUUUGAGACUUGAGUACCUAAUUGUUAUAUUUUUAGUCAACAAAAUACUAGUUCCUGCCGCAUAAUUUAGGUGCAAGGUAAGAUAAGGUUUCUGGGGUUUUGUUUUGAGGUGCUAAAAUGUCACAUAAAUUCUCCUUAACAGCUGGUAGCAAGACUUUAUAUAGAGUGAUUAUCAGAGAGUACCACUUAUUUCAAAUGAUCAAAUAAAUAUAUCUUUUCUUUUAAUCUUGAUGUAUUUUUCAUGAAGACAUGCCUUGGGGACAUGUCCAUAUUCAUUCAGUGUACCCAUUGAUGUUAAUAUUACCAAUUUCAAUGGAAGAACAAGCAAACAUAAUUUUUCUAAGUGUUUUCAGCUGUGAGAUGUCAAUUUCUACAAUUUAGUUUCUAGACAUGCUGUUAUAUUUAAUAAACUUCAUGUAAACUUUAAAAUAUUGCACUGCAUUUAUGAAAAGCUUUCUUUGUCUACAGCAGCUAUCUAAUGUUUUAUGAAACUGGCGCAUGCCCUUGAUUAUUGAGGCUAAAAGCUUUGUUCAGGCUGCUUGAGGUUUGAAAAAGAGGUGUGCUAGCUUUGCUUAGUUUCUUAUUUUUGGUAUAUAUAAUAUUAGACUGUGCGUAUCGGAAAUGCUAUGAUAGGUAUUUUGUGUUUCUUCAAAUGCAACGACAGUUUCCUGUAUGAAUGUGCAAAAGGCCUGUGACAGAAUGCUAAAUUUUUACUGUGGUUUCAGAUUAUAAAAGUAGGAACGCAACAAUUCCCAGUUUUCAGAUUUCUUCUAAAUUAUUCUAUUGUUGUUUUUAAAUGGGCUCAUUAGCUUAAUAAUUGUCAGUUUUUAGAAUGUUGUGAUGAAAAACCAGUACUUUGCUUUCAGAAAACAUUUAUGAAUUAAUUUACUAUAGAAUAAUCUCUAAUUCUCAUAAUUGGGUUACCAUUUAAGGCUAUCUUUCUAUCUUUUAAGUAUUACUACUUUGUAAAAGAAAAUUGCUUGCUUUAUUUACACCUUCUCUUAUUAGAAAAAAAGCUUUCAUCCUUACAUUGUUGUAUUCCUACACUCUGAAGACAUUUAAAAUAAGUUUUUGUGCCUGCAGAAGCUAAUACAAGGAACACUGGUCUUUUGACAAAAUACUUGUGUAAAUUUUGAUACUGUAUUAAAACUAUUUUUUUAAAGUUCUGCAUAAAAUUGAGUAUUAAGUAUGUGUUCAUCUUAGCACUGGUAAUAAAUUAUUUAAUCUCA